AUGUCACUCGCGUCGCCUACCAAGGCGGACAAGCUCCCGUCCCUGAACUUGAUUGACGACGAGCGCAAGGCUGAAUCACCUAAAUCGCUAAUUGAGGAUGAGGAAGAGGAUGAAUUCGACGAGUAUCGCAACCAAUGGGUGGGCGAGGUUGACCUUCCUGAGAACAUGGAGCCGCUCUUGAUGGAGUCUAAACGCCGCUUUGUCCUCUUCCCUAUUCAAUAUCACGAGAUCUGGCAAAUGUACAAAAAGGCCGAGGCUUCCUUCUGGACCGUCGAAGAGAUCGACCUGUCCAAGGAUAUGCACGACUGGAACAACCGCAUGAACAGCAAUGAGCGUCACUUUAUCUCGCAUGUGCUCGCAUUCUUCGCCGCGUCUGACGGUAUCGUCAACGAAAACCUUGUCGAGCGGUUCUCCAAUGAGGUCCAGGCAGCAGAGGCACGAUGCUUCUACGGCUUUCAGAUCAUGAUGGAGAACAUACACUCUGAGACGUACUCGCUCCUCAUCGAUACUUAUAUCAAGGAUCCGCAGCAGCGAGAGCACCUCUUCGAUGCUAUUGAGACCAUUCCUUGCAUCAAGAAGAAGGCCGACUGGGCUCUGCGUUGGAUCUCGGACAAGAAGUCGUCUUUCGCCGAGAGGUUGGUUGCAUUUGCCGCUGUCGAGGGUAUCUUCUUCUCUGGGUCCUUCGCCUCGAUCUUCUGGCUCAAGAAACGUGGUCUCAUGCCCGGUCUCACGUUCUCCAACGAGCUCAUCAGCCGUGACGAGGGCAUGCACACUGACUUCGCAUGCCUGCUCUUCAACCACCUCAAGAGGCGGCCGCACCCGGAGGUCGUCAGGCGGAUUAUCAAGGAGGCGGUUGACAUUGAGCAAGAAUUCCUGACUGAUGCUCUUCCUUGUGCACUCAUCGGCAUGAACUCUGUGCUCAUGUGCCAGUACAUUGAGUUUGUUGCGGACCGUCUGCUUGUUGCCCUUGGUCAUGCGAAAAUCUGGGGCUCAUCGAACCCCUUCGAUUUCAUGGACAUGAUCUCGCUGCAGGGAAAGACGAACUUCUUCGAGAAGCGUGUGUCGGACUACGCGAAGGCGGGUGUCAACGCGUCUGCUUUCAGCUCGAAGUCGGAAGUUGCUUCGAAAGUUUUCUCUCUCGAUGAAGACUUCUAG